AUGGCAACAACCGACACAAUUCAGAGGGCGAUCGCGUUGACCCAAGAGGGUCCAGCGAUUGAGGCCAACGACACCAACCCUGCGCAGUCUGCAGUCCUCGACCAUCCUGAAGGAGAUUCAAUCCGUCGUCAAGUUGAGUUCUACUUCUCCGAUGAGAACUUGCCGACGGACCUCCAUCUACUCCAGUGUUGCGGCGGCCGCGACAACAAUCCCGUUUCUGUCAGCCGCAUUGUCGGCUUCAAGAAGAUGCGAAGCUACAAGCCCAAAGCUCUUGUUGUCACCGCUCUUCGCCAGAGCUCAUUGCUCGAAGUCUCUACUGAUGGUAAGACUAUCAAGCGUAAGAUCCCAUUGCAGGGCAAGUGCGCCCUUGAUGAAGACUUCUUCGAAGAGGACAACGAUGUUGCGUACGAUCCACGCACCCGAAAACCCGCUGUGUUUCCUGUCGAGCCGCUGCCGCAGAAGAAAGCCGAGUAUCCCCCAGGCACAAGCAAGAACAUGAUGAAGCCGACUGGCUUUGAGGCUAACUAUAUUGAGCCACCUGUGAAGCCCGACGAAGCCGCAGAAGAAGAAGCCAUGUACAGUCCAGACAAGCCGUUCGUCGAGCGGAUCGAGUUGGCCAUUCAGCGAUUCAAGGAGAAGCGUCGCAUGCAUCAGGAUUAUGCGCAGGUCUUCGACAAGCUGAUGCAGAUGGGAGGCGUUGACUCUAGUCAGCGCAUCGCCCAAGGUCUGUCCAGGCAAGAGAUUGCCCAGAUGGGUGCAGAGGAGCGUGCUAUCGCGAGGGCUACUCACAGAGUGCCUUGGGAUCGUGCAGAUGAAGACCAUUGGUUGGUUGACUUCGCUUCUAUUAUUCGGGCUUUCCUUCCAAAUGCGGUUAAGAACGCCUGUCAAGUGCCUCGAUCAUUCUACAACUAUCUACGCUACCACAAGGUCUGCCCGGAGUACGACCAACAGCUGGAGGAGGCUUUAAAGAUCUGUGAUCUCGCCGAGAAAGAACUACCCAAAGUCUACGCAGCUGGACUUGCUCUCCCUGGCGAUUUCAACAAGUCAGCCAGCACCAUCUUCGGCGGCGCACACGCUGGCAUGUACACCGGUACUCAAUCGUGGGCGAACGAGAUAAGAUCGGAGGGCAUCGAGUUCGAAGACACUGGCAUCCGACAGGAAGAGGCGAAGAUCAAGUUUGCAACGGGAGUUGCUAUCUUGGGCUCAGAAGAACAGUACAACAAGGUAGAGGUGGAGGAUAUUAAAGUUAUGGAGAAAGUAUCUGCAAGCCUUGAGGUAAUCGACAUCCAGCUGCCCACGGAAGCCACCAAGGAUCAUUUCCAAAAGCAGAGCGAAGUUGUCCGACAAAAGCUCGGCCAACUUGAACCCAUCGGCAAGCUCCUGUGCAAGACCUGGAUUGACAACGACUGCGACGAAUGGGAUCUUCCCAGGGACAAGUACCACAUCGGCAAACCUCAGCGAGCUAGUGCUGGUCAGGACUACGGUUUCUGGGUUGAGGAGAGUGUGCUCAACGAGUGCUUCAUUGGCAUGAAGAUUGAUGCUACAGUCAUGAUUCUGGAUAUCGGCAUUACUAUCAUGGAUGAGGUGCAUGAGUCGCUGUGCAGCUUCUUUGCCUUCCUGCCAAAUGAGCUGUGGAUGGAGAGGAAGCCAAAAGCAUGGCACUGGCACAAGAAGGGCCUCGCCGAAGACGACGAGGGCGACAUUGCUGGUGAAGAGGUUGCGGAGGAUGAGUUCGAUGACGAGUAA